AUGAGAGGCUUCGGUAUCGCUGCUUUGGCGGCUGUGUUGGCUGGUGUUGCAUGUGAGCAUUGCAGAGUCAGGAACAGAACGGUUCGUUCCAACCUCGCUCCUGGUAUCAACGCUCUCCCCAGCCUGACCACCAUCUACGACACCACCGCGCCAGACUCCCAAGCAUGCCCUGGCUACAAGGCCGACAACGUCGCCGACAACGGCCACGGCUUCACUGCCGUUCUAGCCAUCGCCGGACCCAACUGUCAAGCCUUUGGCAACGACAACGCAGAUUUGACGCUCGUGGUCUCCUACCAGGCUAAGGAGUGGCUGGAUGUCCGCAUCUAUCCCAAGCAUGUUGCUCCGGCGAACAGCUCGCAGUACAUCUUGCCCGCUGACUUGGUCGACCAGCCAGACAGUGAUCUCAGGCUUGAGUGGAGCAAUGAUCCGACUUUCCAGCUUCGGGUCCGGCGUGUCAGCACUGGGGAGGAACUGUUCUCCACUUAUAGACAUGUUGUGUACGAGGACCAGUUCAUCGAGCUCGUCACAAACAUGGUCGAUGACUACAACGUCUACGGUCUUGCGGAGAACGUGCACGACUUUCGCCUGGGAACAAACCACGCGCAGACCUUCUACGCCGUCGAUGCUGGCAGCACCGUCGAUGGUAAUGUAUACGGUGUGAUUCCCUUCUACCAGGAAACCAGAUAUGGAGAGAAUGGCUCUGUGACUACGGCUCAUGGCAUGUAUGCUCGAAACGCACACGGCCAGGAGUGGCUGCUUCGUGAAAAUACCAUCACGUACCGCACCUUGGGUGGCAGCUUUGAUCUGUACUUUCUUAGCGGUCAAAAAAACGACGGGAGCUCGAGUGCUCUGACCACAAUUUCGCAAUUCCAGGUUGGCUGCAUCGGUACGCCAGCCAUGCAGAUGUACUGGAUCUUCAGCUACCACCAAGCCCGCUGGGGCUACGAGAACAUCUCGGUAGUCCAGGGCGUAGUUGACGGCUACCGCGAGGCCAACAUUCCCCUCGAGUGUCUGUGGAACGACCUCGACAUCUACGACCUGUACCGCGACUUCACCAACAACAACGUCACACACCCUCAAGCAGCGUUUUCCGAGUUCAUCGAGAGUCUGCACGCCAAUGGACACUACCACGUCCCUAUCAUCGACAGCAACAUCUAA